CCCUGGCAGAACUCUGCGCUCCUGCAUUUAAACAGCAAAGCAGGUGACAUUAGCACCGCCACUACGCCCGACUUACUUCAACACUGUCGUUCUAUACAGCCACUCAGAGUUUUCAUUGGAAUUUACAAUCUUUCAACUGCGGAGAUGUCUGAAAGGCACCAGGAUCGGCUUUGACCAAAGACACUGACAGAAUCACAAUUUGCAGGACGUACAUAUGGUUCUUCCUAACUUGGUGCAUCUGUGGUUUCAAGUGAAAGAAAAUUACCACAAGUUUAUUAAGGUCAAUAAAAAGUAUCCUUUGAUCAACUACGAGUGAAAAUAGAUGGACAAAUAUGGCUGGACUGUCUAUUGAACAUGACAAGAAGAAAAAAGACUGUGACAAAAGCACUGUGAAAUUUGCAGAUACUAAGACUCAAAAACAGAAACUGGUCUAUAAUGUUAUUCAUUAAUGUGAAAAAUGGAUAUGUUGGUCCAUUGUCGUUGUCACCGAAUACACUUGGUCCCAUGGAGAAGCGGAGCUCAAAGAUCCACUGGGCGUCCCCAGCGAGCACUGGAAAGGCCAGGAAGGAACCCGCGUGGGAAUCCCCUGAGUUGCCCGACGACCAGAGUGAGUCAUCCCUUUUCCAGCCCGCCUGGAUCGAGGUGUCACCCUUCUGAGCUGGCAGGCGGGGGUGGGCUGGCUGCUUCUCAGUCAGCAGCCCCUCCCUGCCGAGGCUCCCUCUACCCAGUCUCAACUCGGGGGCCUGUCGUCAGAAUCUCUCUCUCUCUCUCUCUCACACACACACACACACACACACACACACACACAGUGUAUUCAGGAAAAUCCUCUGAAACUGGCAGUCUGAGAGAUAUGAAAUCAUUUUCAUGCUGGAAGCAUCGCCAGGUCCUUCGAGUGGGGCUCAGCCCUGUCCGUGCCGAGGGCUGCAGACAGCCUCCUUCCCGGGAAGCAAGACCUUCGUCCAGGAAAUCUCUUCGGGAUGCAGGGUGGGUUGAGGGGGCCCUGAGCCCAGCGCUUCUGGGCUGACCCCAACGCUGGAAGGGGCUUGGCCUUGGUGGGGCUGCGGUGCUCAUGGCUGCGGCCAGCGCGACCCCUCCCGGCUCUCUGGACCUGCUGCAGCCUGGCUUCUCCAAGACUCUCCUGGGGACCAAGCUAGAGGACAAGUACCUGUGCUCGGCCUGCAGGAACGUCCUGCGCAGGCCCUUCCAGGCUCAGUGUGGCCACCGCUACUGUUCCUUCUGCCUGAGCAGCAUCCUGAGCUCCGGGCCCCAGAACUGUGCCGCCUGCGUGAACGAGGGCAUUUACGAGGAAGGCGUCUCUAUCCUGGAGAGCAGCUCGGCUUUCCCGGACAAUGCUGCCCGCAGGGAGGUGGAGAGCCUGCCGGCCGUCUGUUCCAGCGAGGGCUGCACCUGGAAGGGGACCCUGAAGGAGUACGAGAGCUGCCACGAAGGACACUGCCCGUUCAUGCUGACCGAGUGCCCGGCGUGUAAAGGCCCGGUGCGCCUGGGUGAGAAGGGGCACCACCUGGAGCACGAGUGCCCGGAGAGAAGCCUCAGCUGCCGGCACUGCAGGGCGCCCUGCUGCCUGGCUGACAUGAAGGCGCACCACCAGGUCUGCCCCAAGUUCCCUUUGACCUGCGAGGGCUGCGGCAAGAAGAAGAUCACACGUGAGAAAUUUCAGGACCACGUGAGGACAUGUGGCAGAUGCCGAGUCCCCUGCAGGUUCCACACUGUCGGCUGCCCCGAGAUGGUGGAGGGCGAGAGGCAGCAGGAGCACGAGGCGCAGCGGCUCCGGGAGCACCUGGCCCUGCUGCUGGGCGUCCUGCAGGCCGGGCCCCCCCCAGGCGACGGCCGCCCCCUCCUCGGCCAGGGCGAGCGGGGCUGGGGGGCCAGCACGCCGGGCCCGGGGGCAGCGCCCGCCACGGCGGCGGAGCUGCUGCAGCGGUGCGAGGCCCUGGAGCAGAAGACGGCCACCUUCGAGAACAUCGUCUGCGUGCUGAACCGGGAGGUGGAGCGGGUGGCCAUGACUGCCGAGGCGUGUGGCCGGCAGCACCGGCUGGACCAAGACAGGAUCGAAGCCCUGAGUAAUAAGGUGCAGCAGCUGGAGAGGAGCAUCGGCCUGAAGGACCUGGCCAUGGCCGACCUGGAGCAGAAGGUCCACGAGAUGGAGGCGUCCACCUUCGACGGGGUGUUCAUCUGGAAGAUCCCGGACUUCGCCAGGAAGCGCCAGGACGCCGUGGCCGGCCGCACGCCCGCCAUCUUCUCCCCAGCCUUCUACACCAGCAGGUACGGCUACAAGAUGUGUCUGCGCGCCUACCUGAACGGAGACGGCACCGGGCGCGGGACGCACCUGUCCCUCUUCUUCGUUCUGAUGAAGGGCCCCCACGACGCCCUCCUGCGCUGGCCCUUCAACCAGAAGGUGACCCUGAUGUUGCUGGACCAGAACAACCGGGAGCACGUGAUUGAUGCCUUCAGGCCUGACGUGACCUCGUCCUCUUUUCAGAGGCCGGUCAGCGACAUGAACAUCGCGAGCGGCUGCCCGCUCUUCUGCCCCGUCUCCAAGAUGGAGGCCAAGAAUUCCUACGUGCGUGACGACGCCAUCUUCAUCAAGGCCAUAGUGGACCUGACAGGGCUCUAGCUGCUGCCCACGGGAGUGGGGCCACUGCGCUGGGCGGGCACCUGCGAGCUCACACGCAGGGUCCGCCUCCCGGGAAGGGGUUCAGCCCAAGGCCAUCAGCGUGGGCUGUGGGCCGUGCAGGUGUGGAGCCCUCAGCCUGCAGCGGGGCGGCCGGGGCCACAGUGAGGAGCUGCUGGAGAGGAGGGACAGUCUCGGGCCCAGCUGCCGCUCCAGGGAGAGCCCUGCUGGGCCGGUCCGACCAGGCCGGCAGGUGGGGAGGGCGUCCCGUGUCCCCUGCCCUGUGGUGCGUGCAGGGCGCACGUCCAGCACCCCCCCGCCCAGCUCCCGCAAGACACGUUGGCUUCCCUGUUGGGUGUGGAGAAGUCGCUGUUAAACCCUUGAAUUUCUGCGGUGAGUGGUGUCCAUCUGGCUCUCGUCCUGGCCAUCAGUGACUCUGGCUGGGGCCUCCUGGCCUGCUGGCCUCCACGCCCUGUGUGUCGCCAGCUCCUUGAGCGGUUCCGUGGGCUCCCUGACACUGCAGGCUGGCUCGUGUGGGCCUCGGUGAAGCCAGCCAUUCUCUCUUCUGCGAUGUUACUAGCUGGGCAGCUCCUCGUCCCUCAGGCCUCCCCAGGGGCUGCCCUGGAGAGCAGGGCCACGUGCGUGCCCCCGAUUCUGGGCCUGCCCCGCCCCUCCGUGCAGGGCCCCCGGGCCUGGAAGAGUGGCCGAUGGCUUCGGCUGAGUUUGGGACCUGACAGGUGGCAUCUCCCCAGGACCAGGACUUGCCCGGCCUCCAGGUGUUUCCUCAACAGCGGCAGAGCCCGGGCAGCCUGAGCACAGGCUUGCACCUCGGCUGGACCUGGUCAGGGCCUCAGCCUGGGGGCUGCAGAAUGGGUGCGGCGUCCUGGCCGGCGGCUGGCCACACCCAGGUGCGCUAGUGACCAGGACUGGGUGCUCAAGAGCCGGGGUCCUUCCAGAGAACCUGUGACAACAUCGUCACUUACUUCUCUCUUUCGAGAAGUUAAAGAAAGGCACAGAGAAUAAUAAGCUCCGUGUGUCCGGAAUUAACAAAUGUACACGUUUUGAAUUAUGUAUUUUAAUUAAAAAGAAACAUUGCGGAAAAGUUGAAGUCCUUCUGCUUCCUUUCCCUCUCACCACCUCCUUCACUGGCCAAGGCACCGGCCUCAUGGAUUUGGAUCCGUUUCAGUUUUAAUUCUUGUCUGUGUGUGUGGUCACCCACAAGUAAGGCUGGUGUACUGAGUCCCCUGCAGACCCCUCUUCCCCUCCCCCAGGGAAUGCCUGGUGUGCCGAGCACCGCGCGGUGGGCCGGGCACAGACACAGACGGUGUCCCUCCUCCCCGUUCCCUCGGGCACGUGCCUCCCCGCGCUGCCCUCCUGACCUGGACAGAGCAUCCCCGCUGCUGCCCAUCCCAUCCCGUCCAGCCCUUGCUGCCUGUGCGUGCAGGCUUGUUGCUCCUCCAGGGUCCCUGCCUGCCGCCCGCCUGCCUGCCUACUGGGGUGUUGUUUUCCUCCUGGUCGGAGAGAGCUCCCAAUAUUCCCGGAACCUGGCCCUGGAGCACGUGCGGGCUGUGUGUGCAGGUGUGUACAGAAAUGGAGCGCUCGGACACACUCGGGUCAUGGACAGUGCCGCUGGCCACUUAGUCAAGAAGUCCCAGCCCCCCGCCCCCGCCGGGCUGACAAAUACUGUUUUCUUCUGAUGGGUUUUUUUUUUAAUUAAUAAAUUUAUUUAUUUAUUUUUGGCUGCGUUGGGUCUUCAUUGCUGCACGCUGGCUUUCCCUAGUUGUGGUGAGCAGGGACUACUCUUCGUUGCGGUGCGUGGGCUUCUCAUCGUGGUGGC